AUGGACCAACUCAAGAAGCAGCUCUUCGGAUCACCAGACCCGCCGUCCUGGCUGUCAUCCGUGCGUACCUUCGCCGAGUCUAUCUACACGAACCCUCUCAACCUCAUCCUUCUGCUAGCAGUCCUUUACGUCGUCAUCCCGCUCGUCCGGCCUUCUUCUCCCGAAUCUUCGCGCUGGACACCCACCGUCGCCGAAUCCCGCUCUCAUCUGGCAGCACCAUCAGACCGCUACACCUAUCUCCCACCCAACCACCCGGACACGGUCGAAUGGACCAGGUACACGCCGCGCACGCUAGCCGUGUUCGACGGUACCGGAGAUGACCAGGACGGCUCGCGCAUCUUGCUCGCCAUCAACCGCAAGGUGUUCGACGUCACCAAGGGCAGGAACUUUUACGGCCCCGGUGGACCCUACGGCAACUUCGCCGGCAGAGACGCUAGCAGAGGCAUGGCCAAACAGAGCUUCGACCUGGAAAUGCUCACCCCACUGGAUAAACCCAUCGACAAGCUCGAGGACUUGACGCCUAGCGAGAUCAAGAACAUGAAGGAGUGGCAAGGCCAUUUCACGGGCAAGUACGGUAUCGUCGGAGAGCUCAUUGACGAGUCCGAGGCAUGA